CCCCAGGGAGAACUCCAAUGGCAUCUGUGUCAGCACGCCCACACCAGGCCACAACAAUGGCCGCCGCCAAUGUCCCAGUCCGUGGAGAGGUCUCACCUCUCAGCGAGAUGCUCUCAGGGCCUAUCAGGAAAGCAAUCUCCCGGGCAGGCCUGCAGCACCUGGCUCCCGCACAUCCCCUCAGCCUUCCUGUGGCAAACGGUCCAGCAAAGGAGCCCAGAGCGACUCUGGACUGGAGUGAGAAUGCCGUGAACGGAGAGCACCUGUGGCUGGAGACCAACGUCUCAGGAGACCUGUGCUACUUGGGAGAGGAGAACUGCCAAGUCAGAUUUGCAAAAUCGGCUCUCAGGAGGAAGUGUGCGGUCUGUAAGAUCGUGGUCCACACCGCCUGCAUUGAACAGCUAGAAAAGAUUAAUUUCAGAUGUAAACCAACGUUUCGAGAAGGGGGCUCAAGAUCGCCGAGAGAAAAUUUUGUGCGUCAUCACUGGGUGCACAGGCGUCGGCAGGAGGGGAAAUGUAAGCAGUGUGGUAAGGGCUUCCAGCAAAAAUUCUCCUUCCACAGUAAAGAGAUUGUGGCUAUCAGCUGUUCCUGGUGCAAGCAGGCGUUUCACAAUAAGGUGACCUGCUUCAUGCUGCAUCACAUUGAGGAACCCUGCUCCCUGGGGGCUCAUGCUGCUGUCAUCGUCCCACCCACCUGGAUCAUUAAGGUGAAGAAACCUCAGAACUCCCUGAAGGCUUCAAAUCGGAAGAAGAAGAGAACAAGCUUUAAAAGAAAAGCCAGUAAAAGAGGAACUGAACAGGAAAACAAAGGUCGUCCUUUUGUGAUAAAACCUAUCUCUUCUCCGCUCAUGAAACCCUUGCUUGUGUUUGUGAACCCCAAGAGUGGAGGCAACCAGGGAACCAAAGUCCUGCAGAUGUUCAUGUGGUACCUGAAUCCACGGCAAGUCUUUGAUCUUUCUCAGGAAGGGCCAAAAGAUGCGCUUGAGUUGUAUAGGAAAGUACCAAAUCUGCGGAUUCUGGCCUGUGGUGGGGAUGGAACGGUGGGCUGGAUCCUUUCUAUCCUGGAUGAACUGCAGCUGAGCCCUCAGCCUCCCGUCGGGGUCCUUCCUCUGGGCACUGGGAAUGACCUGGCUCGAACUCUCAACUGGGGAGGGGGCUACACUGAUGAACCAGUUUCUAAGAUCCUUUGCCAAGUAGAAGAUGGGACAAUCGUACAGCUAGAUCGCUGGAAUCUGCAUGUGGAAAGAAACCCAGACUUGCCUCCAGAAGAACUUGAAGAUGGUGUAUGUAAGCUUCCUCUGAAUGUUUUCAAUAAUUACUUCAGCCUUGGAUUUGACGCCCACGUCACACUGGAGUUCCAUGAAUCCAGAGAAGCAAAUCCAGAGAAAUUCAACAGUCGUUUUCGAAAUAAAAUGUUCUAUGCAGGGGCAGCUUUUUCUGAUUUCCUACAGAGAAGCUCUAGAGAUCUUUCCAAACACGUUAAAGUUGUCUGUGAUGGAACAGAUCUCACCCCAAAGAUUCAGGAACUGAAGUUCCAGUGUAUAGUAUUUUUAAAUAUACCCAGAUAUUGUGCUGGCACAAUGCCCUGGGGGAACCCAGGAGAUCACCAUGACUUUGAACCUCAGCGUCAUGAUGAUGGUUAUAUUGAAGUCAUUGGAUUCACCAUGGCCUCUUUGGCCGCCCUGCAAGUCGGGGGCCACGGAGAAAGGCUGCACCAGUGUCGGGAGGUCAUGCUGCUAACUUACAAACCCAUCCCCAUGCAAGUGGAUGGGGAGCCCUGUAGGUUGGCCCCUGCUAUGAUUCGGAUCUCCUUGAGGAAUCAGGCCAACAUGGUACAGAAGAGCAAGAGGAGAACGUCCAUGCCUUUGCUCAAUGACAUCCAUCAGGUGCAAGCUGCAGAUCUGCGGAGAGUGUCUGCUCCCCCUGGCUCCUUCACCAUUCCCCAGUCUGUCCCAGACCGCCUGAGGAUCCGGGUGAACAAAAUCAGUUUACAAGACUAUGAAGGAUUCCACUAUGACAAAGAGAAACUCCGGGAAGCUUCCAUCCCUCUGGGUAUUCUAGUUGUGCGUGGAGACUGUGAUUUGGAGACUUGCCGUAUGUACAUAGAUCGCCUACAGGAGGACCUGCAGUCAGUUUCUUCUGGCUCCCAGAGAGUUCAUUACCAGGACCAUGAAACCUCCUUCCCCAGGGCACUCUCAGCUCAGAGGCUCUCCCCUCGGUGGUGCUUUCUAGAUGCAACUUCUGCUGAUCGCUUUUAUCGAAUAGACAGAUCUCAGGAACAUUUGCACUUUGUGAUGGAGAUUUCCCAAGAUGAGAUUUUUAUUCUGGACCCAGAUCUGGCGUUGUCACAGCAGGCAGGGACCCCUCCAGGAAUGCCUGAUCUGGUGGUAGAGCAAGCCUCGGGAAUGUCAGACUGGUGGAAUCCUGCCCUGCGGAAACGCAUGCUGAGUGAUAGCGGGCUGGGAAUGAUAACUCCGCAUUAUGAGGACUCAGACAUGAAAGAUCUUAGCCACUCCCGUGUGCUACAGUCACCAGUCUCUUCAGAAGAUCACGCAAUUUUGCAGGCAGUAAUAGCUGGUGAUCUUAUGAAGCUAAUAGAAAGCUAUAAAAACGGAGGCAGCCUGCUAAUUCAGGGACCAGACCACUGUUCACUCCUUCACUACGCAGCUAAAACCGGUAACGGGGAGAUUGUGAAGUACAUCCUUGACCAUGGACCUUCUGAGUUAUUGGAUAUGGCAGACAGCGAAACGGGUGAGACUGCACUGCACAAGGCUGCCUGCCAGCGGAACCGGGCCGUGUGCCAGCUUCUGGUAGACGCAGGAGCAUCUCUGAGAAAGACGGAUUCCAAGGGUAAGACACCUCAAGACAGAGCACAGCAGGCUGGAGACCCAGAUUUGGCUGCUUACCUAGAAAGCCGCCUGAACUAUAAGAUCAUUGGCCAUGAGGACCUGGAAACUGCUGUUUGACUCUAGUAGACAGGCAACGAGAACCUGCGUGAGCAUAUCACCUGUGCCCUUCCCGGCGAUCGGGCAGCUCCCCUGGAAGAAGCUGAUGGAAUCCAUGAAUCUGUCUCCUGCAAGAAUCUAUCUGAGACCAUGCCACCAGUUUUUAAGGGCUACCAAGAUGUACAACAGAACAUGAUAGCCCACUGAGGAUGAGGCAGGGAUACCUGGAGAUUUGUGGAAUACGAGUUCCACAAAAUUUGAUCCUUAUUGCUUCCAGCAAGUAGCAUGAACUUCUGUGUUCACCUGUAUAAUUUAUUUUAAAGAUUCAAAGGAUAUUUGUAUAAAUGGCACUGCUCCCUCCGCCUCUAUGCAUUCAUCUUUCCACUGUACUGCACAAUUCUACUGUAAUUACCCAUCAAUUUAAAAAAUAUGAUAUGAUCUGUUCUCUUUACAUUCAGUCUUGGAAGACAACAAGACUGUCUGAAGGUCUUUUAAAACCCUCUGAUUGUCCUGCAGAAAUAUAAUUGUCAAACCGCUUCAAUUUCCAAGACUAAAAUAUACCAAGAUUGCUUAGUGACUUUUUGCACGUCUCCCAUCCCUCCCCAAUCCCUUUUCAUUAUAUAGGAGCUGGGAAGUGCCACAUGGAUAAUGUCAACUUGUGUGCUAUAUCUCUGAGGUAUGGUGAGGUGGCAUGGGAGUUGUCUGUGUGCAGAGGUACCUCAGAGAGGUCACCCAGGGGUCAGCCCCUGUCGCGGGCUGUUGCCAAUAGCCAUCAAGGACUGGGUCGGCUUGGGCUGUUUGUUCAGCUCCGUACUGCCUAUGUGUAGCCAUCUUUGCCUUUUGCUGCAAUAGAGAUGAGCAAUGGAUUAAACAAAGGCCCAUAGCUAGUUUGCAGGACCACUCAACUUUAAGUGCUGUUUAAAUUGCAGAGCAGAAAACCAUGUGUGGGAACUGUGGUUACAGGAAAUGGAGCACUAUGACAGCAUUUACUUCUAGACUUUUUUGAGUGAUAAUAGAAAGCAGGCUAAUCGACUUGAAAUAAAACAGCAAAAGCAAAAGUAGCAACAUAUGUCAAAAUAACUCACUUAAGCAAGAAAACAGUCACUGGAAUGUUGCACAGAGGCUAAUAAGUAUAGACUCUUGGGUACAGCGGUGAGAGGGGACCCAUUUUAGGUUUUCCUUCUAAGUUUUUGGUUUUCAUUAACCCAAGUAAGCUUGUCCCAAGGACAAAGCCUCAUUUAAUGAAUUUCACUGCCAGAUUUCCGGGAUGCUGGAUCUUUCUGAUGGAUGCCUCACCUAUUGUGAGGUCCUAAGGUCAUACCUGAUAGCACUCUGGCCCCAUUUUUCAUGUGUGGGGUAGUCUAAUAUAUUCUUUUCUCUAUUUUCCCAUACCAGAAAGUUCUUAGUACAAACCACUGUAGGAGCCUAGCCAGAAAUGUCUCUUCUAAUCCUGCCACAGAUCAGUUGGUAUUUACAGGUACCUCUGUGAGGGCCUCUGUGAUAACUAAAAUUUCUGGCUAAAUUUCUAACUUUCUAAAAGUUAGAAAAAGUCUUCUAACUUUCCGUGAAAAUAUUUCCUUGGCUUGGGUAUAAGUCAGAAACGAAAGUAGGUGAUGAAGAGUUUUGCUUCGGACUAAAACUGAUGUCUUCUGAGCUUUUUCUCAUUUUGCUCUUAGACACAAAGUGUUUCCCUAGUGUUUCUGCAUGUGAACAUAAAUGAUCGUUUCUCUACAUUUAAUUUAAAGGUCCAGUGGUGUUGCAUUGCUUUUCUGAAUCACAUUUGCUCGCAUAUCAUUUAGAAAGUACAGGUAAUGAUGUACUAUAUUAAGUAGGAAUAGCCUCUCAGUGGAUAGGGACUGAGUCUCUCAGUCAUUUCAAAAUCAAAUUGUUGACAUUAUUUCCAGCUGUGGGAGAAUGGCUUGGUUGUGAGUAAUCUAUUUCCAUAUAUCAGUCUUAGGAAUGGAACUAUCUUUUGGGUUUUAUGGUGAGGGAAGGAGGGCCUACAGUAGAUUGUUUCCAGAAGCUGGAAAAAAUAUGCUCCAGGAGAAUUUAAUCACUGGGCUUCUGCUGGGAGUUUUUCAGUUGGUGGAACUGUCAAGGAGAUGCUGUGAUGACAGAAAUAUAAUCCUUAAAACAGACUAGAAUCUGGCUUUGAAUGGUGCCUUCCAUUCCCUAGAUUGAGCCAGACAUUUGGCCACGCAGUCAGUUACCCAGCUGCCAUUGCUGGGAUGAAGGACUCUGUUUUCACCAACUACCGUCUCAUAUUUCUCUGUGAUGCUCAAAGCAGGCCAGAGCAAAUUUAGGGUACAGGUGGCUAAGGGCCAAUUCAAAUAGCUCCAGUUGAAGUCACAAGUAAAUUCCUGGUGUGAAAAUAGAUGAGGUACUGACUACUGUAGGGGUCCUAGUACACUUGGGAAUUUUUCCAAAACCACCCCCCAAUACCCCAAAAACAUUAAAGAACAUUAAAGUCCUACAUUAUUGAUGGGGAACGAUAUAUGACCAAGGCAAAUAUCUCUUUGAAAAAGCAAACACCCCCAGGACCUGGGCUUUCCAAAAAAAGAACAUCAAAAAUGAGCAGAACAGUUAUGUGUUUAAUGGCUUCAACAUUAAAUCUACCUCCUGCAGCAUUUUUAUUUCUAAUUGAUCGCUGCAUGUGACAGUCCUGGGCUUCAGAAAGAGCUAAGGCCAUAUGCUCCAGGAAUUUCAACUCAGCUUACAAUAUAGCAUCCCCUUUAAGGGGCCAUCACAAAGCGUAGAAGCAAAUGGUCUAGCUCUGGUCUGAAAACCCAUAUAACUUUGAAAGACAUUAAACUAUAUACUUAUAGAAAUAUCAUUUUCUGCAAAACCUACUGAGACAGUACUGCAAAGAGUGACUAAGCAAGCUGACCUUCCUCUGUGUUUGGCUCAGAAGAGCCCUUUGUGUGGUGGCACUAUCUGCUCUGGGAUUCCAUUUUUAGAUUAGGCUGAUAGAGGGAUGAGAAAUGGGGAGUUAUGAAAAGACAACAUCACAUAACCUUAAAGGUGGUCAUUUUUGAAGGCUUAUAUUCAAGUAUUACACAUUUAAUGAAACAGAACCCAAUUAAGCUAUGCUUUAUCACAUUCAAGGACUUGAUAAAAAACAGAAGCCAAGGAGGAAAUAAACACUACAGCUGGGAAUUUGACUUUGAGAGUUCUGGUUACCUCUAUAGAGGUUAUAACCUAAAACCAAUGCAAUUUCUGAAACAGAGAAUUUUGCUGGCAAAUACACAGCCAUGAAGUUAGUGAUGACUGAUAGAAAGCCUCACAUACCCAGUGGCUCCCUAUCCUUUCAUGAUAGGUGGCCUUGGUGCUUAGGCAAUCUGUUUGCAUUGAGAGAUACUCAACAGGUAGUUAAUUUUCAUUUGAACCUAGAAACAGCUUCUUUGCCUAAAGGAUUUUGAAAUUUAUUUAUUAGACUCCUAAUAAUAUUCAUGUCUUAGAAAAUGUGGGGCAGCAGUUUCAUUUUUUUACAU